CAGAAGGCGGAGGUACGCCCAAGAUGGCGGCCUCCAUGUGCGACGUGUUCUCCUUCUGCGUGGGCGUGGCGGGCCCGGCCCGGGUCGCAGUGGAAGUCCGCUUCGUGAGCAGCGCCAAGGGAAAGGGGCUGUUUGCCACACAGCUGAUCCGGAAGGGGGAGACCAUAUUCGUAGAACGGCCCCUGGUAGCUGCGCAGUUUCUCUGGAAUGCACUUUAUCGCUACCGAGCCUGUGACCACUGUCUUCGGGCACUGGAGAAGGCAGAGGAAAACGCGCAGAGACUGACUGGGAAGCCAGGCCAGGUUCUGCCGCACCCCGAGCUGUGCACCGUGCGCAAAGACCUGCACCAGAACUGCCCCCACUGCCGGGUGACGUACUGCAGUGCAGAAUGUCGACUGGCCGCGGCUGAGCAAUACCAUCAGAUCCUGUGCCCGGGCCCCUCCCAGGAUGACCCCGCGCAUCCUCUCAAUAAGCUGCAGGAGGCCUGGAGGAGUGUUCACUACCCCCCUGAGACUGCAAGCAUCAUGUUGAUGGCCCGGAUGGUGGCCACAGUGAAACAGGCUAAGGAUAAGGAUCGCUGGAUCAGGCUCUUCUCCCAGUUCUGUAAUAAAACUGCUAAUGAGGAGGAGGAAAUUGUCCAUAAACUCCUAGGGGACAAAUUCAAGGGUCAGCUGGAGCUACUGCGGAGACUCUUCACAGAGGCGCUUUAUGAAGAAGCACUCAGCCAGUGGUUCACUCCAGAUGGAUUCCGGUCUCUCUUUGCUCUUGUUGGGACCAAUGGCCAAGGAAUUGGGACCAGCUCCCUGAGCCAGUGGGUCCAUGCCUGUGAUGCUCUGGAGCUGAAGCCUCAGGACCGUGAGCAGCUGGAUGCCUUCAUUGACCAGCUGUACAAGGACAUCGAGGCAGCAACCGGCGAGUUUCUUAACUGUGAAGGAUCUGGCCUCUUUAUGCUGCAGAGCUGCUGCAACCACAGCUGUGUCCCCAAUGCAGAGACCUCCUUCCCAGAAAACAACUUCCUUUUGCAUGUCACCGCCCUGGAGGAUAUUAAGCCAGGAGAGGAAAUCUGCAUCAGCUACUUAGACUGCUGUCAGCGGGAGCGCAGCCGCCACAGCCGCCACAAGAUCCUCAGGGAGAACUAUCUGUUCGUCUGUUCCUGCCCCAAAUGUCUGGCAGAGGCCGAUGAGCCCAACAUGACCUCUGAGGAGGAGGAGGAGGAGGAGGAGGAAGGCGAGCCGGAAGACGCCGAGCUGGGGGAUGAGAUGACUGAUGUGUGAUGUCACCCCGCUCGGAAGCGCUCCUACCCCAGACCCUGCAGAAGAGGCGGCCUUGCCCCAGAGCAGAGGCUUGGAAAGAACACCCCACUCCUGUUGCCUGCUUCCCCCCAUUUCAGCACUCUUUCCGCCAGAGGGUAAGCCAGGCUGGACCCUAGGCCCUCUACCCGCUGCCAGACCUCACGCCCUGGACACUGCUGCUGAGUCGCUCCGGCUCUGCGCUGUCAGAGCCUCUCAGAGCUGGCUUCCCCCGAGGUUCGGAUGGAAGUAGCUGGAACCAAGGUCAGGGCCCAUCAGGGUUUCUUCCCCAUGGCCCCACUUAUUCAUCUGCUUGAGGCUUCAGCCCUCUCAACUCAGUAUGGGGGGAGGGGGACAGUAACAGUGGCAACCCGAGAACAGCCUGGCUGCAUUGAAGAAGAGAGGGGCCAAGAUGCCCUUACCGUCUUCCCUGCCUCCCUCUGUUGUAGCCUGACCACUGGCACAGCUGGGAAGGCCAAGUGGCGCCCACUGCACCUUCUCUUAGGCUCUCUGUGGGGAGCAGUGAACCACGGGGAUUCCCCCUGCCCCCACCUCCCCAGCCCACUGUUAGACAUCAGGGAAGUAGAGAUUACCCCUCCCCCAGAAUCUCUGUGCCUGUGCCUUGCCUCUAGGCCCUGGUACAGUGGCUAGCCUUACAGGGUAUGGAAGAGGUCUCUGCCUCCCUUGCGAGGGGUAUGGGGGAUCACCACCCCUCCUCCAUUUAGGACUCUAGCAGCAUGGCUGAGACCUGGGGGGGGGAAGGCCUCUGCUCCCUAACUGGGGAUGUUCUAGAGUCUUCUAGAACUUUCAUCAGUGAGGGGCUCUCCUGGCCUCAAUCUCCAUCUUUAGGAUCUCCACAGAGGAACACAAGUCUUCCAGAAACCUAGAAGAGCUGGGCUGGAUAUUCAAGAUUAGCCCUGACUGUCCUCCUCCUCCCCAGAUUAGCACUACCCCUUGCUCUUGGGUUGGAAGCUGUGGAAAUUGUAACCUGUCACCCGCAAUUCUUUUCUGCCCACCUUCCCUGAGGGGCCUGCCGAUGCCCCUGCUGAGGGAGCCCAGGGAGGCCAGGUGCCGCCCCACGGGCCCUUUCCUGGAUCAUGAGCAGGUGGAAUCUGUCUGACUAGCCUAUUGGGUUCUUAAUCCUUCAGAGCAGCCAGCACCCCCUCCUCCCCACCUGCCCAGUGUUCUCAAUAAAACAUGAGUGGUGACAGGCCUUUACAGGAA